GCAACCUGGCUUUUUAAUAAUUCAUUAUGAAAUUGAAUAAAAGAUGCAUCCAUUAAUUAUUGAUUUGCGAUAUAUAAAUUGUACCAAAACAUGCUGGGAAGAGAAUGUUCUGUACAUUAUAUCAAACCAUAUGCUGGAUUCACACAACGUUUACUAUUUAAGGCUUAGGUAAUGCACAUAAAUGUAUGUAUGUCCUUGAGAAUUGUUUCUAGCAUUGGAGUAGAUAGAGUAUAUAAGGUGGGUCUUAGAACAUUCAGAGCAUGACACUCUCAGGCAACAUGAAGGCUCUCAUUCUCCUGGCUUUGUUCGCUGUGACCUACGCCGCUCCUAUUGAUGAAGAUGACAAAAUUGUCGGGGGAUUUGAGUGUACUAAGAAUGGUGUUCCAUACCAGGUUUCCCUGAAUAGUGGGUAUCACUUUUGUGGUGGCUCCCUGAUCAGCAACCUCUGGGUCGUGUCUGCUGCUCACUGUUACAAGUCUCGUGUCCAGGUUCGUCUUGGUGAGCAUAACAUUGAUGUUACUGAGAACACGGAGCAGUUCAUCAACUCUGCCAAAGUCAUCAGGCACCCCCGUUACAACAGCAAUAAUCUGGACAACGACAUCAUGCUGAUCAAGCUGAGCCAGCCUGCAAGCCUGAACAGUUAUGUUCAGACUAUCGCUCUGCCUUCAAGCUGUGCUGGAGCUGGUUCCAACUGCCUGAUCUCUGGAUGGGGCAACAUGAGUGCAAGUGGAAGCAACUACCCCAGCCGUCUAAUGUGCCUGUGGGCUCCUAUCCUGAGUGACAGCUCCUGCAAAAAUGCCUACCCAGGUCAGAUCUCCUCCAACAUGUUCUGUGCUGGUUUCUUGGAGGGCGGCAAGGACUCCUGCCAGGUAAGAUCUCUAUUAGUUUCACAUUUCGAUAUCACUCAAACUUAUCACUUGUCAGAGGGGCUGUUCCUUUUGUUUAUAGCAAUCCUUGAGCUAUCUGAAACACUUGUAUCUUGCAGGGUGACUCUGGUGGCCCAGUGGUAUGUAACAACCAGCUGCAGGGUAUUGUGUCUUGGGGUUACGGCUGUGCCCAGAGGAACAAACCUGGUGUCUAUGCCAAGGUUUGCAACUUUACCACUUGGAUCAGAGACACAGUCAACUCCAAUUAGGCUCUGAUAGAUUU